AUGAUUGAUAUUGAUCCAAAUGAUCAACUAGAUGCAGCUGUUAGCGGACUUCAAAUUGCUAUCGAAAAUGUGAAGCAGCAGCGCGCUAAAGAAGCCAAAAUUUGGCAAAAACGUGCACUUGAUUUGCAAAAUCAAGUUACAUCAUUACAGUCACAGCUCUCAGAAGCAGUUAAUAUAAAUGUUCAAUUGCAGUCCGAUAUGAAUGAUCUCACAAACGAAUGCGAAAAACUUAGAAAAUUAAAUGCUUCUUUAUCUAAGCAGUUAAAAGAAAAAGAACUUGAAAUAUCAAAAUACAAUCAGUUAAAUCAAUCCCUCAGAACAUUAUUGGAUGGAAAUACAACUCCAACGCAAUUCCAACCCCCGCAAAUUUCAAAUUCGCCUCCUUCUUUUGAUGAACCUAUUCAUACAUCACCAAAAACAAUUCAUAGUCCUCAUACUUCAAAAAUUCCAAAACCAACUACACAAAAAAGAUCUUCUGGUAAGUCUGGGCAACUCUUGCAAAAAGCAAAAGAACAGCUUACGUAUUCAGACUUCAAUUUCCUUAUUCAAGAAAUUCAGCGACAUAAUAACAAUCCAAAUAGUACUAAUGCUGAGACUUUGAAGAAAAUAAAGCACAUUUUAGGACCGCAACAUACCAAUCUAUAUGAUGAAUUUGCUGCCAUUAUGUCUGAAAAAUGA